AUGGAUCCUCCUAGACCUAGUAAUGUACAGGUUGUGCUUGAUCAACUGGGUUUCGGUUGGUAUCAGAUAAGGGUUAUUAUUAUCAUGGGCAUCGCGCAAGCCACAGACACAAUGGAAACACUCAUACAAGCUAUACUUGGACCUACUCUGAGGUGUGAAUGGAAUCUGGAUUCUGAUUUAGUAGCCCUGCUUGCCACCAUGGUCUUUCUCGGUGUUUGUAUAGGUUCACCUCCAAUGGGCUAUGCUUCAGAUCAUCUGGGGCGUAAGGCCCUCAGUUUACUAUGUUGCCUAGCAUUGAUUUAUAUGACUUGGCUUUGUGCGAUAGUUCCCACAUAUUUGUGGCUCGCAAUCCUGCGAUUUCUAUCCGGACUUUAUAUCAGUGGAUUAUUGACCGCUGGAAGUUCAAUGAUAUCAGAAUUUCUCCCGGAAACAUAUCAAGCUACUGGACAACUUUUGGUGUGUUCGUUCGAUUCCUUUGUUGGCCUGUACAUCGUCGGAGUCGGUUUUGGUUGCCUGGUGGGACAUCUGAGUUGGAGAUACUUCUUACUCUUCAGUACAAUUCCGUUACUGAUAUCUGCACUGGGAAUGUACCUUUUUCUUCACGAAUCGCCCAUGAUAUUGGCUCACUGGGGCAAACAAACCGAAGCCGCAAGAGUGUUAGACGCGAUCGCUCGCUCGAACAAUCGAGUACCAAAACCGGAAUCUGCGGACACAAAUGAUACGGAACCGUUUAGUUUUGUCGGUCGAUUGCCAGAAAAUGAAGCUUUCGAAAGAGACGAUCUUUCUGUUUCCGGAUUUCUCGAUCUUUUACACUUCUUCAUCAGAAACUAUGCUAUGCCUACGUUGUUAUUAAUUGGAAUCAGCUUUAUUUGGGGUAUGAUUAUGUACGGUGGGACAACAUUAUUGCCAGUAGAACUUCCCUCCACAGCAAGAACGUGUCUUCAAGUAAGUCAAGCACACCCAAGCCUACAGAUUCUGUUUGAUUCUGUUGAUAAAAAUUGUUGUUGUUUCUUCUGUUUGCAAAUGCCCAAAGAACAUACAUAUUUCGCAUUAUGCUGCGAACAUUUAUGA